AUGGAUUGGGGAGUGCUGCGAAAUAUCUAUUCAUUGGUACACGUCUGUGUGUGUGUUUUUAAGCGUCUGUCUGUCCGUGUGUGUGUGUGGGUGUGGGUUCUCUGGUACUCCUGUUGCUACUAUGUUGUCAUUGUGGCUGUUGUUGCUUGUUUGGUGGGGCGUAGAAAGAGCACGAUGAUGGGCGUGCCCUAUUUUUUUAUUAUUUUCUUUUUUUUAUUAUUUCUUGCUAUUUUUUUUGUAGCUGCAAGGCAGAAGGAACAGAAAAAAAAAAAAAGAGGAGGGGUUAUGGCUGGGAGGGCUCCAGACACGGAGGCGGCGCUGCAACUCGACCCGACGAGCCGCACGUUUGACCCAAAGGCAUACAUUCGUCAAGCGCACGUGCACGCGACGCAUGUGGACAUUGAGAACACACUCCUGCAAACCGUCGGCCGUGAGGUGGACUUCACGGAGGAGGCCCUGAAGGAGUUGAUACGCGAUAACAUUGGAACUUUUAUUGGAUGCAAGGAGGCGAUGGACGUGAUGUACGCCAACGACACAUUACUCUUCACGGGGGAGGCGAUUGACCCCAUCGCGGACGCCUUUCAGACAACAUUAGAGGCGGGGGAAGCACUCGUGGCGCCAACAGUCGAACUCUUUGAGGAACUGCGAAGUUGCAGGCUCACGAAGGAAAUGCUUGAGAAGCUCAUGGUCGUCUGGAACGUUCCUGGGGUUAUUUACGAGUACUGUGGCGCGCGUGUGCCACAGCGACGUUCCGAUGUACAACCCAGUCAGAGGAGGGGGCCUCAUCGACGGACGAAAGAGUCAGACGCGGGGAAGAGUGAGGAUGGUAGUGAUGCCCACAGCAGCAGCGGCCGUGUAGAAGAUAAGACUAGUAACGUGGUGAGGGAAAGAGGCGAUAUCACUUUCUCGGCAUCAGAGGAUGUUGUGAUGCCGCGAAGUGUUCGCGGCGCAUUAGAGGAAUUUGCGGACAGUGCCGAAGCGUACGGGAAUUACAUCCUGAGGCCUGGCGAGGAGUUAAUUUAUUGGCACGGCACGCCCCUCGCACGUUGUCCGUGCAGCCCGCAAAUUCCUCGAAGUGAAGGUGCAGCGGGGGGGCGCAGCAAUUACGAGGCAGCCGUGCUGAGCCUGCGCCGUGCCAUGAUAUACCUGGAGGAGAACUACGAUCUGGAGAACGCGACAGUGCUCGGCGUUGAGGCCCGUGACGACACGGAGGAAGAAACAGAAGGCGUCCACAGCGCAUUGAAGGUGCAGAAAAAAAAACAGCAACAACAACAGGGCGGGCUAACUCUCACGUAUCAAUACGCCCUCUCACUUCUCCGUGCUGCGUUAUACCUCAAUGAGAUGAUGGCGCAGGAGAUACGACAUGCCAGUGCGGCUGACACCGUACUAAUUGAGGACACCCUCUCAUCUAUGAUGGACUGCGCCAUUGCUGCGGUGAAGCUGCGCCACUUCUGCUUUACCGCAUCCAAUAAGCUGCAGCUGAAUGCCACAGAAGCCGCUGCUCUCUUAGGGCUGCGUCAGGAGCUGCAGGACGAUAAGAGCAUCAAGGAGGAGGACGAGGAAGAUGUGGGGGAGUCGUCUGUCAUGACGCCAACGCUUGGCUCAUUCUCUGCCACAGAGUCGAACUUCAGCGCAGAGGCGGUAAAAGUGCCGCCAUCGAGUUUAUCAACGGAGCCGAGUACCCGCGGCCACGAAAGCGAACACCAGCGCAAAGGCAAUUCAAAAGGGUCUUUAUUGCACCCGGUGGAGUAUUAUGUCCACAUUACCCGAGACCAACACACACGAAUGAUGGAAAACACCGCGCUGAACAUUAGCUGCGAGGCAAAUGAAUGGCAAAUAAAGUUCAUGCCAAGUGCGACGGCAGAGGAAAACUCCUCUGUGCGGGACAACCGCAACGAACCUCGGCGCAUGUGGUUUGGCUCAUUUGCAGCAACAGGUGAUCUGUUUGGGACCGCAAAUGACUCUUUUGUGCAGCACAACAAUGCUGGAUUUCAUACACUUGAUUCUCUUGCAUUCGCUGAGGGCAGCGUAACGGAUCGUAUCAAAGUUGGUGGCUUUGGCGUAGAUGAGGCGGAGUCAAAUGAACAGCAGUAUGCAGAUGCAAUCCUCGAGGCGUUUCGUACCCCUGAGGGUAAUUUUUCGCGCUUCACGACGUUUAGCAUCGGUCAGGUGGAGAUGAGUGGUGUGCUAGAGUGCUCUGCCCAACAAAUUGCGAUGUGCAGCGCGAGUUUGCUGCACCAACUUAUGAAUUGUGCCGAUAUUCAGAUCGACAUUUCAGCAAAUGCAGCCGCCGUGGACACUUUUUUUGGUCGUCUCUUCGCGGCCUGUAUGAACCAUCUGGAGUUGGUGGUGGUGUCAUACUGGGGCGGUAUUGCGGCCGCAGUGCACGCUGGCAUGUUUGACUUCUCAUUGGACCCCGGAAGCGCAUUGUACCGAAUGAUUCAUGGACCGGCUGUGUUAGGCUCAAAUGAUGAGGGGGAAGCGGCAUCGGCGACAGCAGCAAAGCAACCAGAUGCCUCGGUGAAUCGAAAUAGGCAUGCGGACGACUUACCGCACCUCACGUACAUUCCGAUCGUACGGGAGGGGUCUCCGACGCUGCGGCAGUUGUCGGUGGCGUUGGUACGACGGGGUGUGAAGGCCGCAGGGGAAAUCCUCUAUGCCUUAUUUCUUAGCAGCGUCAACCGCACCUUGUUGAGGGGUUUUGUGCGUGUCAUGGCGGCGUACCGUGUGUCCGAUGUCAUGGGCAAGAAUCGAGAGGACGAGGAGGAGCACAUUGAGCUUCACGCCGCCAUACUUGUGGAAGUCAUUCUCGCGCAGUGGGAGAAGGCCAUGACGCAUGUGAGUGACUCCGUGUGGCGUAUGAAAAUUGUGAUUGGGGAGAGUUGCACAUCCGUCACUGUGGCGAGUGAGGAACAGGCGCAUGAAGUGGGUGGGUUGCUGGAGGAUCUGGAGCAGCUGCGCUCCAGUGUCUUUCGCUGCUACACGCACGGCGUCGGUAUGCUUGCAAAGGCCUACGUGACGCUGCUACCAUCACUGCGGCAGACAAAACCAAAAAUGAAUCUUAACAAAACCGUCUCCGCACGCUUGAGUCGCGAAUUUGUUUCGUCGGUACUGGUGAACAAGUUGCUGAAUCUUAUUUCUGUUGUGAUUGACCGCACCGCACCCUUCUUGCAGCGCUUCGAUGAGGUAUACGAAGGCAUUGACCUCUUUGCCGCGAAGGCAGAACGUGAUACAGAGGAUGAUGCCAACCAAAAGCACGGCCACAGUACACGCGUGUUGCGGCGAAAAAAUAAGGAGGACUUGGAGGCUUCAGCGCAGCUUGACACUGUCACCGCCUUCAUGGCGCAUCGCAACAGCAAAAUGGUGCUAGAACACGUUGAGGAGCAGGAGGAGGUGUUGUUGGCGUUGGUCACGAACAUCAUGCUUCUUUUUGUUGACGCACUGCACCAGAGUUGCCAACGGGCGUCACUUAGCACCGGUGCUGCCCCCGAAACACGGGAGGUCGUUCAUAUUGAUAGCCUUGCGGAUGCAUUGUGCCUCCCAGCGGCUGUGGUGCCCAUCGUUAUUGGGGAACUGGUUUCGCCGUGUAUUUUGCAGGUGGUGGCCUCUCUCAAGCCGGAUGCAAAGACAUCACAAGAGGUGGAAGCACUGCUAAGUCGCAAGGAGGAGCACUUCCGAGUUGACUUUAUUUCGCAAGUGGAAGACCAUUGCCAACUGGUUGUUGAUGCAAUGCUCAGUAUGCUUCUUGUCACUCCGCAGCAACGCAUUACACGUGAAGUACGUGCACCGGGCUUUAUGAUGCCAAUGAUGGACUGGCAGCGCGUGUCGGUACAUACGGCCGGUGCCGUGCGGCCUUACAUUGCUGACAGCAUUCUGCUCAUUGUUCAGGCCCACGAAGAGCUGCAGUAUCUACGGCAGCCAUUGUUGGCGGCGGCGGUGACACAGCGGCUUGUGGCGCACUUCGCCUUGACAUUCGUGACGGCAUUAACAAGCGAUGGAAACGCCUUUGAAGUGUCACUCGACUGCAGCGCCAAUUUUCUCACGCAUGGUAUUUUGUUGAUGGAGGCGGAGGCACGCACCAUCCUUGGCGUCGCCGACACUCUUGCUGACAGUGUUGUUAGGAGCUCAGGGGUUAGCGCCGUGAUACCGGAGCUGAAUGUGGCGCGUGAGUUGCUGCGCGGAACUGUGACGGCGCUGCAGCGUCAAGGCAACACCGUGUGCGAGGCCCUUGCGGCACGCAAGACACAAGUCCAGGAAAAUGACAGUCACAGUGGCGGCAUUAGUGGGGCUAGAGGUGGCGGCGAGACCAUGACAGUUCAGCAGCGCGAGGCACGAUGCGAGGAGAUGGUACAAAGUGCCAUGCGACGCCUGCGUUCUGUCGUUCAGGCCAUCGUCACGCACGUGGACGACGCCAAGAUCACCGCAGCAUUCAAGCCUGUUGUUGGCAGCGUCACGGAGAAUGUCGCGGAGCGGCUGGCGAAGAGGAGGGAAGGCUACCGCGUGGCGCACGCAGUUCGAUCGCAGGCAGAGGAGAAAAAAGUGAAGGUUGUGAAGCCGGUGAGAGAUGCGACGGCUGAGGCAGGGACCGAUAAAGAAAAGGAGACGACGACGGCGGCGGCGGCUCCGGCACGCCCACGGCAGCUCACGAGAAGGAAAACAAGGCAGGUGACAAUAAAAGAUAAAGUGGAAAGCGAUGUCCCCAUGACACCGCGAGGGGUGGAACAUGCGUCAGUCUUGCAGCGCGCGGCUGAGCAGGAGGAGAGAUGCCUCAUUGCGCUGACCGAAAUGCCCAGCAACAAGGGAUCGGAGCUAAAGGACGCAGCGGAUGAUUCCCAGCCACGUGUGGGCGCCGGUGCGAUGGAGCGGUCCGUGCGAAGAAGACGAGUCACGGGGAACGAAAAGGUGACAGAACCCUCUGCGACAGCAGUUCGAGGCAGCAGAGGAGCUCACGGGAAGCGCUUCAAGCGGACUCUGGCGCUGUGA